GCCCUAAAUUGAAUUUCAGCUUACAUGGAAUAAUGAAGUAACUCAAAUAGAUGUCAGGGGAUAGGGAGAAAAUGGUUAAUCGUAAACCAAAUGCCAAGAUACAAAAAAAACAAAGGAUGAACCUGGGGAUAAAAGGGCUCGGCGGCGCCGUUGGCGAUUCCGGUGAUAAUGGUGUCGAAAGUUCAUCUUCCUUUCUGGAUCAACAACAGGAUAUUGAAAGGCAAGAAUCUGGCUUGGAGUCGAACCUGUUGGCCAGUGAAGAAGAACCAUCAAAUCUUAACAGAAGUAAAUGCAGAUUCGUUGACUUGGAUAGCCAUCUCAUAAACUGUACAAAUAAGUUAAAUUCAUUAAAGAGGGAAUUUGCAGCUAAAACGAAGGAAAAUUUUUCAUUGAGAUGUCAACUUGAUGAUGUACCGGUUCAAACCGAAUUGAUCCAGUAUGAAAGAAGAUUUUCAGAACUUUAUGCCCAAAUUCAGAAAAAGCAUCAUCUUACUCGUAGACACUAUGCCACUUACAAUGCUCUGGUGGAAAUAAAAGAACUAAUGUUAAAAGAAGCGUCUCUUUUGAACUCUGUUAAUUUACAGUUCAAAGAUGCCAUGACGACUCCUAGCGGUCGUUAUAAAUUGCUGGACUCUCUGGAGGUGAUUGUGAAGGGAACUAAACAUGGCUGUAUCCAAAGACGAUUGGCGCUCCGACAAUAUCCUGCUCCGAGGUGGUGAUUACCUCCGAAUUCUGUCCUCCCCUGCAAAGUCCCUCUCGCUGUUGUUGUCGUCGUAUCGGCUGCAGUUCACCUCAAAGACAGCAGUUCUGCUGUCUAGUACAGCCCCAAACCCACUACCUACACGGAACCUUCCUCCUGUUUUCCCAGCUGCAUCCCCAACCUUCCAGGUUAAUCUCCCUCCCACCAGCACCUGCCUUCCCAACUUAAACCACCUUUUACUGCUGCUGCCUGGCACCCUCUUCUUUCACCUGCCGCUCAACACUCCAGCCGCAUCAACACUCUGCCGACUUCUGUUAUCUCACGAGAGUCCCUAUACACCAGCCCAACCCCAUUUCCACCCACUACCUUUCUGUCCGCUGCCGCCAGGCCCCUCCACCUUGUCUGUUGUCGUCGCAAACCCUCUUCCACCCUCCCAGCUGCUGCCGCAACACCUUUCAAUCAUCUUGCUGGGGCCGCUGUCUCCCACUAGUUAGCCCACCUGCUGUUCAACCAC